AAUGAGACUAUCCCACAAUAAGUUAAGAUCAGUAACGCGUGACGAUGAAUGAAUUUGCCUCUGUUGUUUUGUUUGUAUCCCUAGCACAGUUUUUCGAAGAGGUCACGAGUGAGCUGGUCUACCUGCAAGCAGUAUGCAGACAUGGAGAUCGUGCGCCUAUUGAGUUCCACCCAAACUAUCAACAUAUUGAAAAGUGGAAUAUGGGAAGAGGCAGACUGACUGAAAAGGGCAUGGACCAAUGCUACUUGAACGGAAGGAUGUACAGAAAUCAUUACCAGAAAUUGUUCAGUGAACCAUAUAACCCCAACGAGAUGAUAAUUCAGAGUUCGCAUAUUGACCGAACCAUAACAAGUGGGCAAUCGUUUGCAGCUGGGUUCCUUGGAUCGGGUUACUUGCCGGAAGUUUCCAAUACCGGAAAAUAUGUGCCAUAUCCUGUUCAUUCCAUAUCUGAUGAAGUCGAUUAUUAUCUUGCUGGCGCAGGAAGAAUCUGUGCACAGCUAAUCUCAAUCUUCGAAGAUUACACAGCUUCGCAACACUACUCGUUGUUUGUCGCCGAAAACCAAGAGAAAAUAGGUCAUGUGUGUGAAAAGGCAGGUUACCCUUUGAAAGAGUGGAGUCUAACGUCUGUGUGUCGCCUGGCUGACACCUUUACGUGUGACAAAGCACAUGGUUUGAGUUUACCCGACUGGUUGGACGAGGAUACGUGGCAAACUAUCUUGAACAUAUCACAAAAGGCAAGAGAGCUGAGACUGACUUACCCAGGAGUCAAAACAUACCAAGUGGGCGGAGGAGGCUUCAUUCAUCUGCUACUUGAAAACUUGAGGGGAUUUGUCAAUGGAACACAAAAUGAAACAGUUUUCAACCUCUAUUACGCCCACGACAAUACCUUGCUGGGAUUUCUGACCAAUUUGAAUUACGACGACUUGCGGUCGAAUCCGGUUUAUACAAGUUGCAUCAACAUAGAACUUCACUACACGAAUGAUCGAUUUUUAGUUGACGUUCUGUACAAGAACGAGAGUGAAAGUAUGACCAUGCAUAGACUGGUGCCUUGGGGAUGUCCUCAGAAUGAGUCAUGUCUGCUGGAGAAUUUCUUCAUAUCCAUGGAGGGUCUGGAGAACCCUGACCCAGCUGCCGCCUGUAGACCCACAGACAUAGUGAUCCAGUUGACAUUCACUGCAUCUCAUCUUGUGGUUCUAUCAGUAAGCUCAUGCAUACUUCUCAUCACUCUGCUCACUCUGGCCUACGCGUGUGGACUGAAUAGAGCGACUAACAAACUAGCUCCGAAGAAAAGGGGAGUACACUACGCUCCUCUCAAGUUCAUGAGCGACCUGUGAGUGUCUAUCGGGCUCUUGGAAUAAAACCAAGAAUCGAAGUAACUGUCUAUUCUUGUAGUAAACUGUAUUGCUCUAUUCAAGUAUAAGUAGCAGCCAAUUCCAUGCGACUAUUGGAUAUCUGUCGAAAGCAUAAGCGAUGCGCUAUCCCGGACGAAGCAACAACAAUAAAAGUAUCUAUGCAUUUUGUUGCGAAAAAUCAUUCAUUUUUGGUAUAUUCAGUGGUGUUAGUUGUGGACGAAAAAUCUGUUAUCCAACAAAGCGAAGAACGAUGAAAGUUAUACUACUGAUGUAACACAAAACAUGUAUGUACAGGUGCUUUAAGUAUAUCCAUCAAAACUAUAGAAAAAUGUGUGGUCUUGUUGAUUAAGUUUUCCCUCCAGUAUCAAAUCAAAAUUAUCUCAAUUUCUGUCGCAAUCAUUUUACAUAGUCGUGAUGAUUUUCUUAUGUUUCCAGAAAAAGGUUUAAAAUUUGCUGAGGCUCAUAUUUACUUUUUCGCUAUUUGACGUAUGAUUUUUUUAAAAGGAAGUUGAGUUA